AUGGUUCCCGUUGUGUGUGUGUGCCCAUCCCAGGCCAAUUCCACAACCCUGCCGGAUCUAAGACAAGACAUCGUGAACAAUGUGAAGAAGGUGCACAGCGCCCUGGAGUGUUUUGCCAACGGGGAACCGCCGCCCAUGUCCCCAACACUCAGCCUACCAGACUCGCUGGAUGGCUGGCUGCCCCCAUCCACAAGGCAUAGCUCAGGAGCCACAGCGGCUGAGUCGCUCGACAGCUGGCUCCAGGACAAGAGUGGGAGUCACAAAGGUGAAUCACGAAGCAGCAUGUGCAGUUGCGCAAGGAAACAUCUGUUUGGGCCAUUUGGGUACAAUAACCAGAAGGCACACCAAUGA